CCUCUAUCUCUCACUGCAGCUCGCUGUAGAGUUGUCAGCCAAAAAUAGCUAGCUUUAAACUUAUUCAAACUUAUUCCAUAACAGUUCAAGAAGCUCAAUUCUUGGUAGCACAAGAAGUUCAUUUUACACCAUCCUCCGCGCCAUGAGGCCCUCGCCUGUCUCUCUCCGCCGUGUGUUCGAGUAUAACUCGGCGUUUACAAACUUGCCUUCGUGGGAAUGGAGUCUGCGUUCGACGAUAGUGACGCGCUUCUGGAAUGCGCUCCGGGCGAGCAUUUCACUCCAGAUCCGCAUGCUGACCUGCCAGUGUAUAUAACGAUCCACCGGAUACGCAAGCUUAUCAUUUCUAGUAUAGGUCAGUGUUCUUGCGGCAUCUUUGACAGGAAAGAGGCGGAAAUCUAAAAAAAUUGGCCAGAUGAUCCGUAUUCCCUGGAGCAGCUCAAGGAGCCACGGAUGAAUAUACUCAUCGUGAGGGCCCUCGUGGAUCGACUCUACAACCCCAGCGACGUGUCUGUUGUGUACUGUCUCCUCGUCAACCGGAUGCAAUUUCUUCGCGAACAGUCAUAUCAAGGCCACCUACAGACAGUCAACAUCACUCGCGCUACUCUCUGUGAGCUCGUCGCAACCCGAGUUCUCCGACGUUUCGACGAUGACCACCCAGGUCGUGAGGGUCUGUUGUUACUAGCUAAUAUCCUCGUAGCUGGGUUUGAGCCUUUUCAAAACGCCCCUAUUGAGGUCCUGCGGGAGAAUCCCAGCGCCUUGCAAUGGCCAGUUCAGAGGAGAGGGGGCUAUGAAAGGAAGCUACCGGCCUUAGAGGUGGCCAUAAUCUCUGAAAGUAAAACCUUCCUCAGCUCUUCCGCCUGCCAGAAGGUGGUAGAUGCAAUCUAUCGAGGACAGGUUAUUUAUACGCCGCUAUCAUUUGUCGAUAUCUUACCGGAUCAUUACAAGCACAACCCAAUUUCUCUCUACAAUCCUCGAAAAGCACCUCUUCUCAAUCAGUACCGGCUGAUCGUCCCACGGCUUCGCGGCAUGAUUGAAAUCUGCCAGUUUGCAAUUCUUUUAGCCCUUUACGCCCUCACUAUGGUCAGCCGCGAAGGGCUUAAAAUUACCUUCUAUGAAGUCAUUUUUUGUGCUUAUGCUACUGGUUGGAUCCUAGAGGAGUUUGCUGCAAUCAUAGAGCACGGAUGGAAGGUUCAUACGCAGAACCUCUGGUCAUUCUUGGAUAUUACGUUCUUCGUCAUCUAUGGUACUUAUUUCACGACACGGAUGUAUGCAUUGUCGAGCGGCCAGACCUAUCUAGGAGAAACCGCACUCAACAUACUAGCUAUAGCGGCUCCAGUCCUCCUACCCCGUCUUGCGUUCAACUUAAUGCCAGACAACAUGCUUUUUAUCUCGCUCCGAGCCAUGAUGAGAGAUUUCUCCGUCCUAACACUGCUAGCAAUCUGGUGUUUUGCCGGCUUCUUCCUCUCCAUGAAGUGGCUCCUCGACGUCAGCAACCAUGAUGGCAGCCGCGACGGACCCGACCCGGCCACCAUCUCUAAAUGGAUGCUUUGGAUCUGGUUUGGGCUUGAUGGGACCGGAAUCGAGCGCUCCGUGGACUUCCACCUUGUCCUCGGGCCGUCGCUCAUGAUCGCGUUCGCGUUUCUAGGCAAUACGCUAUUUCUGACCAUUCUUGUUUCGAUGCUCACUAAUACAUUCUCCAAGAUUGUUGCAAACGCGACCGCCGAAAUCCAUUUCCGGCGCGCAGUGCUCACCUUUGAGGGCGUGAAAAGCGAUUCUAUAUUCGCCUAUCGCCCGCCUUUUAACGUUGUAGCACUGCUGAUCCUCCUUCCAUUGAAGCUCCUCCUCUCUCCGCGAUGGUUCCACAGUGUAAAUGUUGCAAUGAUUCGCAUCCAUAACUCUCCUAUCCUUUUGCUCAUUGGCUUCUACGAGCGGCAUCAACUUUGGCGGGCACCCAACGGCCAACCUCGUGGCCCGUCAAAACGCAGCAAGCUUUUCCCCUGGACUUUCUCUGGAUUUUCUCCUCAUGGAGACAUACAGGCGGUUUUUGAGACGGACCCCCCUGAAGCGAUCUUGGGCAAGACGGUGGAGGUCGACUUGUUGACGGUGCGUCUAGAACCUGUGUCGCAACCACAGUCAAUGGCAAGUGGCAGUUGAGUGUCCCCCAUCUCGCGACUGGCAUAAGUACUGUACAUGAAGCAUUCCUGCCUGUGUAUGCAAAGACUCGUCACACGACCUACUUUGGCAAUCUUUGUCCUUUACCUACAAUCUGAGCCCCACCGUGAGGUCAAUCUAUGUCACCACCAGAUGGACAAAACGUCGCUCUCUCCUCCUUGGCCGCCGCUUCUUAGGAUUGGCUCAUAUAGUCUUUUAGAG